UUCCGGCGCCAAAGGCUGUACCAUUCCCACAGCGAGACUUUGCGUCCCUCGCUGUUCGCACGUACGGGUUUCCGAGCCAGCAUACUCUCGUUUCAUCCGCAAGACUAUUCUUAGCCGAGCAGAGUGGUCCCUAAGGAAGCGUUUUCUAUGUCGCUGCGCCGCCGCCGCGCCCCGACGCGCGAAUGGUCUGGACCAACGUCACCUCCGGUCUCAGGUGUCAUGGCUGCCUUGAGAGUCUAGUGAGUGUGCACCCGCGGUGGGGGAAGGUGCAAAGCCCGCACGCUGAGGCCCAGUAGAAUAAACUUGCAUCUUGGUUGUGGAGGCGACAGCUUCUCCGGUCCCUCGGCCAUGGCAGCUUCCGGGAGUGGUAUGGCCCAGAAAACCUGGGAACUGGCCAACAACAUGCAGGAAGCGCAGAGUAUCGAUGAAAUCUACAAAUAUGACAAAAAACAACAACAAGAAAUCCUGGCGGCGAAACCCUGGACUAAGGAUCACCACUACUUUAAAUACUGCAAAAUCUCAGCGUUGGCUCUACUGAAAAUGGUGAUGCAUGCUAGAUCAGGAGGCAACUUGGAAGUGAUGGGUUUGAUGCUCGGGAAAGUUGAUGGUGAGACCAUGAUCAUCAUGGACAGUUUCGCUUUGCCUGUAGAGGGCACCGAAACCCGAGUAAAUGCUCAGGCUGCUGCGUAUGAGUACAUGGCUGCAUACAUAGAAAAUGCCAAACAGGUUGGCCGCCUUGAGAAUGCAAUUGGUUGGUAUCAUAGCCACCCUGGUUAUGGCUGCUGGCUCUCCGGGAUUGAUGUUAGUACACAGAUGCUUAACCAGCAGUUUCAGGAACCUUUUGUAGCCGUGGUGAUUGACCCAACCAGAACAAUAUCUGCAGGAAAAGUGAAUCUUGGCGCCUUUAGGACAUAUCCAAAGGGCUACAAGCCUCCUGAUGAAGGACCUUCUGAGUACCAGACUAUCCCACUUAAUAAAAUAGAAGACUUUGGUGUGCACUGCAAACAAUACUAUGCCUUAGAAGUCUCCUAUUUCAAAUCCUCUCUGGAUCGUAAACUCCUUGAGCUUCUGUGGAAUAAGUACUGGGUGAAUACUCUGAGCUCCUCUAGCUUGCUUACUAAUGCAGACUAUACCACAGGCCAGGUGUUUGAUUUGUCUGAGAAGUUAGAGCAGUCGGAAGCCCAGCUGGGACGUGGCAGUUUCAUGUUGGGCUUAGAAACACAUGACCGCAAGUCAGAAGACAAACUUGCCAAAGCUACUAGAGACAGCUGUAAAACCACCAUAGAAGCCAUCCAUGGACUGAUGUCUCAGGUUAUUAAGGAUAAACUGUUUAAUCAAAUUAACGUUGCUUAGUUACCACUGAGUACUUUUCCUCAAGGCUGGUAUGUGGAAGGAAAAGAAGCUCAAGUAACACUUUUAACCCAGUUACCAAAACUCAGAUUAGAAGACUAAGGUGCUGUGUGAUGUCCUGAGUACUAGCACUGUAAUAAAACUAUCACAUGGA